AAGAAAAAUAUUUGAGUCUGUCAGGCAACCGUGCGACCGCCCCAGCCACGUGUGGCUGAGAACGAUCCUCUACAGCUCACGGACCUCAAAGGAUCCUUAGCCGUUAAUCACGCUCUGAUCGUACGGCCAUGCUUCAUCUUCCAGACUGUGGUUCCUGUCUCCUUCGUGCUAAAGGACACAGAGGUACGAUCCUAUAGAACAGAUCCUGUUCAAGUAAGGUCGUGCACCGGUUUCCUUACCUCAGCAAUUAGAUGGACCGCUUCGUUGUUUCAACUUUUCGAUGUGGGAUUGUAACUCGCCUCCUUCAGGGAUUAAAUCGUCUUUUCGACACGCAAAGGCGAUUGUGGCACGCGUCUCUCACAUGACAAAAGCCGGCGAUAUCACUAUUUGACUAUUUGUUAAAUAAUUCAAUUAUCAAGCUUCCAGAAAUAAAAUAGCAGCACAGAUUCCCAGUCCCCAGAGAGCAAGCAAGCUGGUUCGGGAGAUAUUCUUCUUCUUCUUCGUGCUUGUUAGAGAGAUCCGAUUAGGUUCCUCUGGUUACUCUAAGGUUAAACGUGAAUCAAAUUUAGAUCACCGACAGAGAGAGGGAGAGAAUGGGAGGGUAUGCUUUGGGGUCGGCUUUUGAUUUGAAAUCAGGGCAGAUGAUAAUGGUGGCUUUAUUAUUAAUGGUGGGUUCUUUCUACUUGGGCACUCUAUUUGGCAACAAUGCUCCCGUUUAUGUCUCUCAAUUCUCCUCUAAUUCCUCUUCCUCUUCAUCUCCUGAUAUGUUCACAUUUAGCAACAAAAUUGCUCUUACUUAUCGCAAAACACCACUGCUGAUACCUGAAACUGGGAUGAAUAUAUGCCCCCUGAAGUUUAAUGAGUACAUCCCUUGCCAUGAUGUUCUCUAUGUGAAAAGUUUACUCCCAAGCUUAGAUCUUUCUAGAAGAGAAGAGCUAGAGAGGCAUUGUCCUCCACCUGAAAAGCGUCUAUUUUGUUUGGUGCCACCCCCAGAAGAUUAUAAAUUGCCAAUAAAAUGGCCAACCAGCAGGGAUUAUGUUUGGCGAAGCAAUGUGAAUCAUACACGUCUUGCUGAAGUCAAAGGUGGGCAAAAUUGGGUGCAUGAAAUGGAUCUAUUAUGGUGGUUCCCUGGUGGCGGUACUCAUUUUAAGCAUGGGGCACCUGAGUACAUUCAGAGGUUAGGAAAUAUGACGACUAAUGAAACUGGUGAUCUAGGGUCAGCUGGGGUUGUUCAAGUUCUGGAUGUUGGCUGUGGGGUUGCUAGCUUCUCGGCUUAUCUCCUUCCGUUGGAUAUACAGACAAUGUCUUUUGCUCCCAAAGAUGGUCAUGAAAAUCAGAUUCAGUUUGCUUUAGAACGAGGAAUUGGUGCUAUGAUCUCUGCUAUUGCCACAAAGCAACUACCAUAUCCCUCUAGCUCUUUUGAGAUGGUUCACUGUUCCAGGUGUCGUGUUGAUUGGCAUGAGAAUGAUGGUAUUUUACUGAAAGAAAUUAAUCGUGUCCUGCGAUAUAAUGGAUAUUUUGUCUAUUCAUCUCCUCCUGCUUACAGAAAGGAUAAAGAUUAUCCAAUGAUUUGGGAGAAGUUGGUCAACCUGACUUCAGCAAUGUGCUGGAAACUCAUUGCUCGAAAAGUUCAGACAGCAAUCUGGGUUAAACAAGAAAAUGAUUCAUGCCUAAUGCACAAUGCAGAAAUGAAGCUCAUAAAUAUAUGUGAUACUGUGGAUGAUAUUAAAUCAUUAUGGAAUAUACCUCUGAGGAACUGUAUAACAAGAAGAGGUGCACAAACAAAUGCUCAGAAUCUCCCUCCAAGGCCUGGGCGUCUCUCUGUUUAUUCAGAGAGUCUCAUCAAAAUAGGUAUUAGUGAAGAAGAGUUUGUUUCGGAUGCCAUAUUCUGGAAAAAUCAAGUCAAAAGUUACUGGAAGUUGAUUGAUGUCAGUGAGACUGAUAUACGAAACAUCAUGGACAUGAAUGCUUAUCUUGGUGGAUUUGCUGUGGCUUUGAACACAUUGCCUGUUUGGGUGAUGAAUACAGUUCCUGUGGGCAUGAAUAAUACAUUGUCCGCUAUUUAUGACAGGGGCCUCUUAGGUGCUUAUCAUGAUUGGUGUGAACCAUUCUCGACGUAUCCUCGCACAUAUGAUCUGUUGCAUGCCAAUCAUCUCUUCAGUCAUUAUAGACACCAUCUAGAAGGUUGCUUACUAGAAGAUGUCAUGCUGGAGAUGGACCGUAUUAUAAGACCGCAGGGAUUCAUUAUCAUUAGAGAUGAUGAAGCAGUUACCUCAAGAAUCCGUGAUUUGGCUCCAAAAUUUCUAUGGGAAGUCAAAUCACACUCUCUGGAAAACAAAGAACAGAAACUUGAAACUGUGCUAAUUUGUAAAAAGAAGUUUUGGACAAUCAUCUAAGGUUUGCUCCCUUAUAUUUUGUUCUCUCUCAACCUAGUAUUAGGCUACUCUUACCAUGAGUCUGUUAGCUGUCUUCUUUAACGUUUUCUUCUUUUUCCCCCCUUUGCCUUGGCUUAUGCUUUAUUGACCUCACAGAAUGAAGCAUGGUCAUAAGCCUAUAAUUUAUUCAUAUUUUUUGUAAUUAUCUCAUUUGUGCUUUGUUAGUUUUUUCACCCAUUACAAGAUUUCAUUUUUGUGA